UGUGUACAUGCAUAGAGUACAAGUCUGAAUAUGCCUCUCCAUUGCACGACUUCAACUCCCCAAUGAGUCGCAUUCCAGCAUGGGGAGACCGUGAGUUUGAGUCCCCUUAGGUCAGAUGGGAUGAAGAAGAAGAUAAAGGAGACAUGAGUUAGAGAAUUAAGAGGAGGAAGAAGCUGAAUGAAAAGCAAGACAAAGUGACCUCUCGUGUAAGGCCGUCAUGAGGGCUCAACUUUGCUGCCUGUUGAUUUUGUUGGUCGACUGUCAAGAGCGGAUUACAGGUCCCAUGAGCUUCAUCAGUCCGUACAUAAAACACUAUGAGGGCCUAUCAUACGACAGGGAGGAUCUCCACAGGAAGCACUUGCGAGCCCGCAGAGCUGCACAAUCUCAGCGACACAUACUGGAUCUGGACUUCACUGCUUUUCACAGAACUUUCCGACUGCGUCUGAGACGAGAUGCUGGGACAUUCUCCAGCGACUUUAAGGUGGUCAGCGAGGAUGGAGCCACAGCGGCUGACCUCUCCCACUUAUAUUCAGGGACACUGGAGGGUGAACACGACUCAGCGUGUCAUGGAUCUGUGUUACAGGGUCAAUUUGAAGGAAGCAUACACACAAACAACGUUACUUAUCACGUAGAAGCGGCUCACAGAUACACCGUCACUGACCACCACUCCAUCAUCUAUCGUGAGGAUGACAUGGUCUUACCCACAAGAGGGACUAGACCGGAUUCUGGAUCUUGUGGUUCAGAUCAUCUAAACGCGCUUGCCCAAAGCCUAAAAACUGAUGAUCAGGAGGCGGUAACGAGUCGUGCGAGGAGAAUGGCGGACGAGGCUAAAACUAGCUGCUUGCUGCACCUCACCGCUGACCACCGCUACUUCAACAAGUUUAAGUCUGUAGAGGUUGUUGUGGCUCAGGUGGCCUCCUACAUGCGAGCUGUCAAUGACAUAUACGACAAAGUGGAGUUCGAUGGAAUAAAGCUGAUCAACUUUAAAGUCAAAUCGCUCACUGUAAUGACUGUGGAGAACAAAACAGAUCCUCUGAAUCCUCUCUACAUCGGGCCAGAGAAGCUGCUGAGUCUUUACUCGGAAAAUAACUGGGGCAACUUUUGCCUGUCGUACCUGCUCACCAACCGAGACUACAGCGGAGUGCUGGGACUCGCCUGGGAGGGAAAAGCUGGUAACUGGGGAGGAGUCUGUUCGCAGUACACCAGCCUUCGUAAUGGCCGCCCUUCCACCCUCAACACGGGCCUGGUCACAAUUCAGAACUACGGACAGUUCCUACCUCCUCGGCACGUCCAGUUGACCUUUGCUCACGAACUCGGACACAGUCUCGGAUCGCCGCAUGAUGAAGGCACUAAUUGUGGCAACCUGGGCUCCUCCGGUGGAAAGGGCAAGUACCUGAUGUUUCCCCAAGCCACAGACGAGGUGCAUGAAAACAACGACAAACUGUCCACCUGCAGUGUCGGACAUAUCAGCGAGCUGUUGCGCCUCAAGAAGGACGACUGCUUUGUGGUCAGUGAUCAGCCCAUAUGCGGCAACCAGAUUGUGGAGGAAGGCGAGGACUGUGAUGUGGGUCAUAAUGACACAGACCUCUGCUGCUACAGUGCUAAAGAGCCUGUAGGGGUGCAGUGUUACCUCAAGCCUGGCAAAAUAUGCAGUCCCAGCCAGGGUCUUUGCUGCAGUCAGGACUGCAGCUUAAAGUCAGGGGGUCAAACCUGUGAUGAAGAGACGGAUUGUCAGAAGGAGAGCAUUUGUUCAGGUCUCUCACCUCUGUGCCCUGAUCCGAGCCCCAAGGCAAACCUCACCAUCUGCAGUCAAGGGACUCGUGUCUGCCUGAACGGGGUCUGUGCCGAGUCUGUAUGUGUGAAACAUAACCUGGAACAGUGCGACUGUCCAGGCGAUUCCAAGAAGCAGAAAUGCCACGUGUGCUGCCAGCAGCCCGGCAAACCUGGGACAUGUGCCAGCACCACCUCCUCUGUGUUAUCCCGUCACUUCCAGAGAAAGGCUUUGCCGCUGGUGGGCGGGGCUCCGUGCAUGGGCAACCAAGGCUACUGCGACAAAUUCCACAUUUGCCGAUUGCUUGAUGCAGACGGCCCCAUUGCAAGGCUGAAGAACUCUUUCCUCCAACUUGAUGAAUUUGAAGACCUAGGAGAGUGGAUGAAGGUAAUACGGAAGUGGAACUUUAAAAACGGCAAACAGACGAUAAUGCUGAACAGCGCUUAAAAUGUUAUGAAAAUCUUGUGGCUCACUGGUGGGCCAUUUUGUUGGCUAUCCUGACAAUGUCUGCGGUAAUGGGCUGCACCGUCUGCCUCUGUGGCCAAACUCUGGAUACCAGAAACGUGGAGUGACUCUCCUUGAAGAUGUAUCAAACAAAUUUAAUUUAUUGAACAUUUCAUGUCCCUUUUCCAGUCACUUCCUUGGAGAUGCUGCUUUUGUUACAUUUUUCAGAUACUGAAAUACAGAUGAAAUGUAUUAAAAUGGGCUGUGACAAAUUUA